UCUUUCUAUCUUUUUAAUGUUUCGUUUUUUAUUUUAAUGUUGUUUUCUUGACAACACUUUUUUUUUUUUUACGUAAAAGGUAGGUUUGCGCGACACGGUCGUAAAACGUCGUGAAGUCGAUUCUGGAAUCCAUUUUGAACACGUCAUUCCGUAACCGCCGCGUCACGUGGUUUCAGAAAAGCGUGUCGUUUUUACGAUAUAUUUUGCAUAUUUUACAUUAAGCAAAAACAAUUCCGUUUCAUAUGCACAUAGAUUACGUUGAAUUUGUCAUAUUUUUUUAUUUAUUUAAUUAAACGUUAAUUUCAACAUCACAGUGCCGGUCUCUAGUUGGCGCAGGUGUGGCGCACGCUGGUGGUGACGUGCUGCAUGAGUCCAGUCCGCUCUUGCAGAUUGACUUCUUUAGAAAGUGUUUUGAUCUAAAUACACAUGCACGAUGUCAACAAACGGCAAGACCUCGAGAAUAUUGCAGUUCAUGGCCCCUGGUGAGCGCCGUCAGUUUGGAAUCGAGACUCCAUUCCAGCGUCUGGCUUGGCAAAUGCAAGACAUAUUAGGAGACAGAGGGAUUCUCAAAGAGGUGGUUCAUGCAGGAGAAGGUCCACCUGUACCCAGACAUGCCUCUGUGUCAAUUCAUUUCUCUGGAUUCAUUGAGUACUCUGAUGCACCAUUUGAGACAACCAGCCACCUUAAAUAUCCACGAAUGAUGAAGCUCGGUAGAGAUGUUACUUUGUACGGCCUAGAGCUUGGUCUGCUCACUAUGAAGAAAGGCGAGUUUUCCCGUUUUCUUUUCAACCCCAAAUAUGCCUAUGGGAUCCUCGGAUGCCCCCCACACAUACCUCCAUUAGCCACAGUCCUCUAUGAAGUGCAAGUCCUCGAUUUUCUGGACUCUGCACAAGUGGAUGAAUUCAUGGAUUUGAGUAUGGAAGAGCAGAACAAUGUUCCUCUGUCCACAUUUCUGAAUAUACUGGACACGCAGCGGAGCUUCGGCAACCUCUGCUUCAAUAAGAAGCGCUAUGAAGAUGCUCGAGAGCGAUACAAACAGGCCAUGACACUUUUGCAGAAUCGUGAGCUGGUGGAGAAAGAAGAGAAGAAGCGUGUUGACGAAAUGAAACUGCCUCUUCUGCUCAACCUCUCACUCACGUACCUCAAACUGGAGAAACCCCAGAAGGCCCUCUGCUACGGUCAGAAAGCGCUGGACAUCAGCCCUCAGAACACUAAAGCUCUCUUCCGCUGCGGACAGGCCUGUUUGGAGAUGACUGAAUACGAGAAGGCACAAGAUUACCUUACGCUCGCUCAGAAGAAAAAGCCAUUUGACCCUGACAUCAACGCCUUGCUGAAAAAGCUCGCUAUCUGCUACAAGGACUAUCUGGACAAAGAGAGAGACAUGUGCUCCAAGAUGUUCCCGGGUUUUAAAGGAAUGAAAAAGUGAAGCGCUUUUACCAUUUCUCAAACCCUCCAGAUGGACCACAAGUCGGCAGUAUAAACCCAACAAAUUGUAAUUUUGGUGUGAGCUGUCAACAUGGCCUAAAAUCUUGUCCUACUUUUAAUUGCUCGUAGCUCACUUUUAUUUUGCAUUCAUUCGUGCACGUAUUUUGUAACAUAUUAUGUUCUCUAUGUUAUUGUAAGAUAAGCUUUAUCAUGACAGACGGUCAGGGUUUUCAAUACUCUAUAUGGAGCAUCAGGAUGCCUUCCAAGUGUGGAGCUGGAUUGUCAGAAGUUGCUUUUACUUUUAUGUUCAAUUUUGAAGUUAGCUUGAAAACAAUAAGUUGUUACGCCUUGCUCAUAGUUUCGAAAUUGCUUUAGAUUUGCGUGGAGUUUAAUAAUACUGUAUAAGAUAAAAUAUACACGUGCUUUAAUUUUGUUUACUGUAAUAAAAACCAAAAAACGUC